AUGAGUGCUUUAAGAAAAUCUCUGCAAAUUUCUUCCUCCCUACUGCAAUCUUCCACUACCCAGAAAUCUUUCUCUUCAUCUUCAAACUCUCUUACCUCAAUUUUACUCUCCAAAUUGGAAACCCUUCUCCCAUCCCAAAAACCCCCAAUUUCCCAAGAACCCAUUUCAAAAACAUCAAUUUCAAAUGAAUUUCUUCCCUCAGAUGCUCUCAAAACUGCAAAUUUCCCAAUACCCAUCUCACAAAAUCACCAAAAUCAUCAAAAUUCCACCCCUCUUUCUCAAUCCGAUGUAGUAAAUAGUCUAUUGAGCUUUAAAAAUCAGCCCAAGUCAGCCCUAAAGUACUUCAAUGAAGCUGUGAAGCAACCUGGGUUUAAUGUAGGAGUUGAAUCUUUAUGUGUUUUGGUUCACAUUUUUGCAGGAUCUAACAAGUAUGAACCUAAGAAGAAUAAGAAUGUUAGAGAAUUGUUUUCAAUUCAGCAAUGCCCUAAAGAUGCUGCCAUUGUCAUCCAAGGUCUGAUGGAAACUGCUGAGAGGUUCGAGUUUCGUGUUAAACCUCAAACUUUCGAUAUUUUAUUGAAUGGUUUUGUUACUGCUGGUAGAUUAGAUGAUGCAAUUGUUUGUUUUAAUGCUAUGGUUGAGAAUUUUGGUACUGAUUUGAAUGAAUCAUUUGCGAAUUUUCUAUUGAGGAUAUUGGUGAAAAGGGAUAGGAUUAAAGAAGUUGAAGAGUUGCUUAAUAAGAUUGUUUCGAUUGAGAUAACUCGAAAUGCUAACAUCAUUAAUCGAUUGUUGAAGUAUUGUGUUAGUAAUAUGAAGUUUGAGGAAGCUGAUCAAUUGUUUAGGAAGGUUAGGGAAAUGGGGUUUAAACUAGAUGCACAAACAUAUAGUUAUGUUGCAGAGAUUGUUAGUAAGAAACCUGAAUCGAAUUCAACUCGUGAGAUGUUGUUGAAGGAGAUGAGAGGUAAGGGUUUGUUGCCCUCUAGUUCUCAUUUCAAGAAUGUUAUUUUCGGGUAUGUGCAGCAAAAGAACAUGGUAGAAGCUAUUAGGGUUAAAGAUGAGAUGGUUUCGAGUGGUGAACCGAUGAAUUUAGCUGUUUUAACUAGAUUGGUGAAGGGAUAUUGUGAAUCGGGUGAUUUGCAGAAUGCCGUGAAUUUGUUGAAAAAAUGCAUAGACGACGGACUUCUUCCUGAUAGACGGAGUUUGUCUGUCUUAAUCAAAGAGUACUGUAAUAAGGGAAAUAUGGACUUAGCUAUUGAACUUUACAACUUAAUGAUUGUAAUGGGGAUUAAACCAAGUGUUUAUAUAACCUUUUUGUUGAUUAAAGGUUUUUUGGAUGUUCAAUCAUAUGAGAAAGCUUGUGAACAGCUCAACAUUGGUGUUGAAUCUGGUGUUAUUGACUAUUUUUCAUAUAACUUUCUGAUGUCAUGGCUCUGUGUAGAGGGUAAGGUUGAUGAAGCUCAACAGUUGUGGGAUAAGAUAGUAAAAACUGGAAGCAUACCAACUGUAAUUUCUGAUGAAUAUUUUGGUUAUAGCAAGGUAAAAAAAAAGGUUGAUCUUUCAGUUGUUGUUGGAAAGGAUUUUAAACCCAAUGCUAUCACCUAUACUACCUUAAUUCAUGGGUAUUUCAAGAAAGGCGAAGUGGAAAAAGCCCUAAAACUAUUUGAUGAGAUGGUAAACCAAAAGAUUGAUUGUAAACCUUACACAUACAACACCAUAAUUCAUGGAUUGUGCAACAAUAGCAAAACUUCUGAAGCGAGGAAGAUGCUUGAGAAGUUCACUUCUUUCAAACCAUCUGUAACGACUUACAAUUUCAUCAUCGAUGGAUUUGUGAAAGAAGAUCAAAUGGAUUGUGCAUCAUCUAUCCAUACCGAGAUGAGCGAAAAGGGAGUUUCCCGGGUCCCAAUGCUGAGGAAAGAUAUAGUUGAGAAGUUGUGUGAAAACAAUAACCUUGAUCAUGCUUUACAAGUGAUAAAGGAGAUGUUAGAGAAGGGUUUUGAAAUGGAUGUUUCGGGAUUCGAGAUACUUAUUGGUUGUUUUUGCAGUAGAGGAAACAUUAGAACUGCUUUGAAUCUUUAUUCUCAGGAAUCUGCAGAGUAUGUUUUUCUCGAGAAUUUUCUUUGA